GCGGCGCUCGGCUCUCAGGGGCCCGCGGUGGGGGCGCCGAGGAUGUGCGGCCGGACGUCCUGCCACCUGCCCAAGGAGGUCCUGGCCCGGGCCUGCGCCUACCGGGACCGGCAGGGCCACCAGCGGCUCCCGGAGUGGAGGGACGCCGACCGGUACUGCCCCUCGUACAACAAGAGCCCGCGGUCCAGCAGCCCGGUGCUGCUGUCCCGGCUGCACCUGGAGAAGGACGCCGACCCGUCCGAGCGGAUCAUUGCGCCCAUGCGUUGGGGCUUGGUCCCCUUCUGGUUCAGGGAAGAGGACCCUGCCAAGCUGCAGAUCAACACCAGCAACUGCCGCAGCGACACCAUCAUGGAGAAGCGGUCCUUCAAGGUGCCUCUGGUCAAGGGGAGACGGUGUGUCGUCUUGGCGGACGGGUUCUACGAGUGGCAGCGACGGCAGGCCUCAAACCAUCGGCAGCCCUACUUCAUCUACUUCCCGCAGAUCAGGACCGAGCAGUCCGAGCAGGUGGGCGCUGUGUCCAGCCCCGAGGACUGGGAGAAAGUCUGGGACAACUGGAGGCCGCUGACCAUGGCCGGGAUCUUUGACUGCUGGGAGCCGCCGGCGGGCGGAGACGGUCUCUACUCGUACAGCAUCAUCACCGUGGACUCCUGCAGAGUCCUGAGCGACAUCCACAACAGGAUGCCUGCCAUACUGGAUGGCGAGGAGGCGGUCUCUAAGUGGCUGGACUUUGGUGAGGUCUCAGCUCAGGAAGCUCUGAAGUUGAUCGGCCCCACGGAGAACAUCGCCUUCCACCCGGUCUCGUCCGUGGUGAACAGCUCCUGGAACAACACUCCCGAGUGUCUGUUCCCGCUCCACCUGCUGGCCGGAAAGGAGCUCAAGGUGAGUGCCAGCAGCCAGAAGAUGCUGCAGUGGCUGGCCACGAAGUCACCCAAAAAGGAAGAGCCCAAAACACCCCAAAAGGCAGAGUCAGAUGCGCCCCAGUGGUCCAGCCAGUUCCUGCAGAAGAGCCCAGUAACCCCCAAGAGAGGCAGCGCCAGCCUCCUGGAGCGAUGGCUGAAGCGGGGUCAGGAGGAAGAGCCUGUGGCCAAGCGGCCUCACACGCAGUAGCUCAGGCUUUCCGGAGACCGCGGCCGAGGGGCACAGCGCUGCAUACCGCGUGAUCACAGGUCAUGUGUGUGGGUGUGUGUGGUGUGUGUGUGUGUGGGAGGGAGUUCCCAGGCCGAGGUGUGCUGUGAAUAGUGUGUGAUCACAGGUCAUGUGUGUGUGUGUGUAGCGGGGGGGGAGUUCCAAGCCCAGAGGUGCUGUGCUGAAUCCUGCUGUGAUCACAGGUUGUUUGUGUGGUGUGUGUGUGUGUGGUGUGUGUGUGUCUGGUGUGGUGGUGGGGGAGUUCCAAGCCCAGAGGUGCUGUGCUGAAUCCUGCUGGGAUCACGGGUCGUGUGUGUGUGUGGUGUGGUUGUGUGUGUCUGGUGUGGUUGUGUGUGUCUGGUGU